UCCAGACUCGUUAGUGGUCGUGGUAACUCGAUUCGAUCCACAGAGGUCAACAAUGGCGGAGUACGCGGGAGUGAGGAGCAGUCGCCUCGUCUUGAAGGGAGCGCGGAGCCACGGCGGCCACAAGAAGAAAAAACAGAAGAAGAGAAAGGGGGACGAGGAGGAGGUGGACAUCGUCGACGGCUGGUGGACUGUUUCCUGCGUCUCCCAAAUCACGGGUUCCGUCUGUAUUGAGAUGGGGUCUGGGACGUACAUCCAAGCCCUGGACAAUGGGCUCUUCACACUUGGAGCACCGCACACAGACGAUGGCCCAUCACCCCCUGAGCAGUUCACAGCCGUCAAGCUGUCUGACACCAGGAUAGCGUUGAAGUCUGGCUACGGGAAGUACCUGGGAGUGAGCGAUGGUGUGGUGGUGGGGCGAGCUGACGCCAUCGGUUCCCGCGAGCAGUGGGAGCCCAUCUUUCAAGACGGGAAGUUGGCCUUGCUUGCGGCGAACGGCAGCUUCGUUGGUGUGAAUGACGUUGGAGACAUCGUCGCUGCGAGCUGCACGGCCUCCGAUGAGCACAUCAUCAAGGUGCGUUCGAGUGCAGAGAGACAGACUGCUCCAAAGGACGGCCUCACGGCUGAAGACCGGGGAAACCUGAAGCACUGUGAAGUCAACUAUGUAAAGAAAUUUCAGAGUUUUCAAGACCGCAGAUUGCGUGUAAGCGAGGAAGACAAGGAGGGCCUCAAACGUGCCCGCAAAGACGGCUCCUUGCACGAGACGCUACUGGACCGACGCUCCAAGAUGAAGGCGGAUCGUUACUGCAAGAUGUAGCGUGUGGAGGCUGGCGCUGCACCUGUGCCCAGGGGAUGUGCGUUUAAAAGGGAGUCUUUGUCAUUGCCUGUGCCGUACCCGACGCGCGAUAGGGAAACGUUGUUCCGUACACACGCCCACAUUACGAUGAUUGCCAUUCAUUGUCACCAUUGCGCCGGUGAUUUAACAAUGUUUAUUAAAACAAGUUUUAGAUGGAGCUCUUAUUGUUCAUUACACUUCCAAAUAUUAACUUGUUACAUAUUCUCACUUCCACGCGAACACGAAGUGUAAAUGCUAUUUUUAACUCCAGCAAUUGGCACUGAACCACCACCGCCACCACCUUAUCUUAUCGAGUAAUAUAUCAGUGCCUGAAUUCAAGGCGCUUUACAACAAUGAUAAAAUUGUAUGUAAAAUUAUAGUGGUUGAACUAAAAAGUGGGGUUAUUGAAAGUGGUGUUGUGGUGAUAUGACACGUCGGAGUGGUUAAGGAGGGGUUGGGGUAGUGAUAGGCCUGUCGUAGCUUGGGGGCUGAGACGGGGGGUAGCAGGAGCAGGAUGGGCGAGGGGACAAGAGAUGGAGGAGGUUGUUGUAAGGGAGGAACGGAAGCUGCAGGUUGUGAUGGUGGUGAAGAUGGUUGCUGUGUGCUGCAGGGGGUUCAGGAAGGAGAGUGAGACUAGGUGCUUUCCCCAUGUCCUACAAUUGGACGGUGAAUUCAAACAAUUAUGAGAAUGAUCACACAUCAAAGGCAUCAUUGUUAGCAGAAUCAUGACAAACAGGAAUUGUAUUUUCUAAAGUAAAAAUCAAAGUGAUGAGGUCAUGGUAUAUCAUCUUCAUGGCUCUGAGAGCAGUGAAGUUGCGUUUUUUCUCCUGCGCCGUCUUGACUUGUCUUGGCCGUCAACUGUAGAGUUGCUCUCCCCCUCUGCACACCGCACUGACGCAUGAACAUUGGUCAAGACUGCUGUAACCAUUACGCGUGCAUCUCACAUCCGCCUUGUGCCUUGGCGGCACUAGGUGACUCCACACCAGCACUUAAGUCGGGACAUUAAUCUGCGAGUAGUGGGCGAUGAUUGCUGCUCUGUGUACUAUAAUCCCAAUUGAGUCCAGCAUGAUAAUCAGUGAAACUGGAACUUCAGUUGAAUUCAAACAAUUGCUCUAUCAUUGUUAUUUUAUCUAUGGGACCCUUUUUCUGGUAUUAAGAUGAUAAAAAAAUAGGCUUUACCCUUUCCGCCAAUAUGUUCACACACCAAAUAGACACCUUUCACAAGGCAUCAAGUCUGCAUUAGCCACGCAUCAUGCUCGUGGUAAACAUGGAAAUAUGCUUAGAUAAUGUAUGCAUUGUCUUUGAAACCGAUUGGCCUACACCAGAGAUAUAACUGCUCGACCAGAGCCAUUCAUGCUUUGAUAUUUGCAUUCUCUUUGUGCUGUCCACAUUUUGACAUUCUCAGGUCUCACACUGGUGAGACAAGGCCAGAAAGGAGGCUGACUGGUGUAGGCCCGUCAGUUUGAAGGAUAAUGCGUACAUGUUUAUGAAAUAAUGUUUGCAUAUUUUACAACAAGCAUGUGUGGUGAAUACAGACUUGAUGCAGCCUGGCAUUAGGUCUACUUGGUGUUUGAACAUCUUAACACCUAUAUUCUUGCAAGAAGGGGUAAAGCCGAUUGUAAUGUUUACAUACAGUAUUUUGGUUGCACGAUACAUCAUACACAAGAAUAUCCUCUGAGACAUUCAGAGCUACUGCCACGAAGGCAAUAGCUUUGAAAAGUUAUUGAUUUACCACCUCUGCUGCUUCACGACCGGACAGGAAGAGGCUUGAUCGGCAGAGCGAGUGGCUCACAAUCUGCAAGGUUGCGAGGUCAAAUCCUGAUUUGAGGUGGACUUGUCCCAUCAUCCCUCUAGGGUCAUUAAAAAGAGUACCACUUUGUGGGGAAAUCAACAGCGGUUAUCCUAGGGAAUAGACCCCCCCCUCCUGUCGUGGCAAUGUGGAAUUUCCCUCUGCUGUAAACCAGAGAUGAUUGAGCAAUAGGAGGAUAUUGCUCUGCCCCAUCAGUGGAGGUACGUAUCUGCGUGGGGAGGGCCGUGCCACCUUCCUGCGUGCCCGUGGCUCUGAGCCCCCCCCCCCCCCCCUGUGCCACCCACGCUGUGCCACCACCCACCGUGUUCAUGUGGCUCUUUGCGCCACCCACCGCGCCACCCACCGCGCCACCCACCGCGCCACCCCGCGUGCACGUGGCUCUGUGGGCGCCACACAACGGGAUGCACAUGCGGCCCGCCUGGCGACACGGGCACGCUCGCACGCACGCGCCGCUACAUACGCAGGGCGACACCUCCAGGCAGCCUGCGUGGAGCCACGUGCAGCACGGACACACGGGGAUGGGGGCAGACUUCUGAGGCUCCGGAUGCAGUCGGUUACAGCUCCACGAACGGCACACGAGGGGCUGUGGCCAGGACCACAUCCGCCCGGCCGCCUUUGUCUCCUCGGUGGUGAUGUUUACGCACCACCGCACCAGGUACUCAUUUGAGGCUGAGUCAACUUCUAGGGGAGGUCCAAGACCGGUUCAGAUAAUCGCUAUCACAGGUGUUGAUGGUGGUGGUCGUGUGUGGGAAUCGAACUCGGGUCGCCAGGUUCGUAGCGCGCUAACCACUCCACGACUGCUCAUGUGAGACCUGUGAGACAGUGACACGCUGGAGAUUGACAGACGUGUGUAUUAUGGGACGUGUGUAUUAUGAGACGUGUGUAUGUUAAUCUUCGUUCACACCAUACGUAGCCCACCGUGAUAAUUAGUGCAGGAAAAUACUGAGACAUGCAAAGCUGUCGGCGUUCCAGUUCACCGGUCAACCCGUGUCCUGCCCGCGGACAGAAUGGCGUUUCCCUGUCUCUCGCUCUCCGUUGCUCUGUCGCCAUCCGUCUCUGAUCAAAGCAAGUGCCAUCCAUGAACUUGCUUUGAUCAGUCCGUUUUGCUUUUAUUAAUCGGAACGAUAAUAAAAACCCAUGGGUGAUGUGUGGAAUGUACAACA